UUCGUUUUCAUUAGAUUACUCCAUUUCAAGUCUGAAAUAUACUGUUACAGAAGAUUCAACAUCACUUCCGUUUCCUGUUUCCUGUUCAGCAUCAGAGUAAAGCAAACCUUUCUAUAGACCUCCAUACGUAUAUAGUUCUAAAGGUGAAAUUCCAAGUUCUGGAUAUUUCACCUGAACUCUCGUUCUGACAUAAUACCAACACGCUUCUUCAUUAAUAUGCAGUAUAUGAUGAAUAACAAUGAGGAAACUCUAAAUGUCUGGAGACUUUUUGGCAUGAAAUUUAUUUAGGGUCAAAGCGUGAUUACCAUAAAUAAAAGUCGUAUAAAACCCCGCGUUAUUUAGUAUUUGUACUGAGAAUUAAUCACAUCACUGUACUUACCAGUGAUUGUCAGCAUGAUGAACACAAUGAACAUUAAAUAUCUGUGUGGAUUUUUACUGCUCUCGUGCGUUGCUGGUGCACACAUGCCAAUACAAACCACCACGAUGAGCUCCGUCAGCCAUUGUUAUGACUCCUAUUAUGAAUGCACUGAUGCAAAUCCCUGCUAUGAAAAAGAGGUGUGUCUUCACGGAUGUUGUGUGAACGCUACUUGUCCAGGCCCGGAGUACUAUUGUUUUUCAAAUGGUGAAUACCAGUGUUAUGAGGACGAACACUGUGGCAAAGAAUCUGGAUGCUGCGAGAAGAGCCCCGUUACCACAACACCGCCCCCAAGUUUUCACCACGGACCCUCACAUGGCAUGGCUCACAACAAUGCACAUAUGCCAACGCAAAAUAUGGGUCAUGCAGGUUCUCGUAAUGCGGGUCACGCACCUCACCAAAAUGCAGGUCACGCACCUCGCCAAAAUGUGGGUCACGCACCUCACCAAAAUGUGGGUCAUGCACAAUCUCCAAACAUGGGUCACGCGCCACCUCAAAACACAGGACACGCACCCGCCGGUCAGAGAAACUGUGCAGAGUAUUACUAUUGUUCAAGCAUAGGAGACUGCUGGGAAAAAGAGACCUGUUAUAACGGAUGCUGUGUUAGUACCCCUUAAAGUGGAUGGCUUCAUCAUGUCGUGUUAAUAUAUUUCUACUGUUAUUUAUUUUAUUUUCAAAUACAUUUAGACUGUAAGG